UGCAGCACUUCCGUAUUUUCGUACUUGGUGUCUCUCGCUGCAACAUACAAACAGACUCCCUGAUAGCCCUAACUGACGUCACAUGAUCUUAUCGAUAAGCCCGGCAACUGGUCCCGCAUCUCAUCGAUUCUCCUCCCACUUCGAGGUGGCAAGCUGGGAUCGAGCAUCAUGGAGAACAUGGAGAAUACGGAAGAGAGGACCGUAUUGCGCAAGGAUCAGCUGGAAAUUAGCUUGCACAACGAGAAAAGACUAAUCAAAGAAGGCACCAUCAAGGAUGACAACCCACUAGACCUCAGUGAGCCGUUCCGUGAACUUUGCAGUGCUUGCCGGAGAGGUGAUCUGAAAGCCUGCCAGGAGAAAAUCACCGAGGGCGUCAAUGUGAACGCACGCGAUUUAUAUGAUUACACGCCAUUGAUCUUGGCCAGCCUAUGUGGACACUAUGAAGUUGCGCAACUUUUACUUGAAUCAGGCGCGCUGUGCGAAAGAGAUACAUUUCAAGGAGAAAGAUGUCUAUACAAUGCCUUGAACGAUCGGAUUCGAAACCUGCUCCUCGAGUACGAUUAUUCCAAGUCCACGGACCCACUCCAGCCCCUUGCUGCGCAUACCGCUUCAUUGCUUACUCGCGAAACCCCCGUGACAACCGAUAUCACUGUGGCCGUCGGCGACCGAGACAUCGGCCUCCACAAGUUCAUAUUGGCCGCCCGCUCUCCAUACUUCCGCACCAAGCUUGCCGCUGCUCCAGAAACCACGACAUGGAAGCUUCCCAGUGCAACUCCACCGGAGGCAUUUGCCGCUGCAAUCCGAUAUCUAUACUUGGGUGAAGCUCCUCGCGAACUACGGAGUGGACCGGGGACCGGAUUCACAGAAUCCGAGGUCUUCACGGGCAUCGAUAAGAUCUCGAAAUACCUCGAAAUUGAAAGUCUCAUGGAUAGCCUGCUGGAUAGCGGGGAUAGACGGCGCGCACGGCAACGCAGAACCACGGAGCUUGCCAAGGGCCGUGAACAAUUAGAAGAGUGGUUCCGCCAGAAUGUCCUGGGUCAUAGGGUGGUCGUGGAGACAUCGAAAGUGAAUGAUGUCAAGUGGGAUCGCAAUAAUGCAAUCUUUGCAGAUGUGCUCCUGCGAGCAGAUGAGCUCGCGGACGAGGAUGAUAGCGCUGCAGACGAGAUACCGAAAUCAACCCUAUUCCCCUGCCACCGGGCAAUGCUUCUGCGAUCAGAGUUCUUCCAGGCUAUGUUCACCUCCUCGUUCAGAGAAGCGCAUGUCACGAAUGAUCUCCACAUCAUCGAUGUGGACUGUUCGCCUGACGUUUUGGAGAUUAUCCUGACCUUCUUAUACACCGAACGGGCAGAUUUCCCUCUGGAAAUUGCCGUCGACGUGUUGUUCGCCGCGGACAUGCUCUUUAUCGAGAAGUUGAAGACCAAGGCGGCCGUUGUCAUCAGUACUUUGGGCAGUGGAGUAUCUCAAUCCGAGGCAGCUCGGACUCGUGGUACCAAGGAUGAAGAUGACAUCGAUAUUUAUGCGAUUAUUCGAGCCGCUUGGUUGACACGCGUCCAGCGUCUGGAAGAGUUUGCUGCUCGUUUCCUCGCAUAUAGACUAGAGGCUCAUAUCGAUUCGCCCGAAUUUGCGGAGUUAAUUCAAGAGUCUGCGGCUCGGAUUCAGGCGCGCCAGGAAACUGACUCGAUUGAAUUGCUGGACGAUAUUCGCUUCUACCUCAAUGAGCGUUUCAGACUGCGGUUCGACGAUGCCGGUCUUGAUGAGUUGAUGGAAGAGCAGCCACCACCUGCAAAUGGCGAUGGCACCGCUCAAGGUGACGACAUGGAAAAAAUCAUAGAAGGAGUUGAGGCGAUAAAUGUGGCCAAUUCGACACCGGUGAUCGUACCAGAGGCGACUAGUCAGCAACCGUAUGGUUAUACCCGAGAGAUUCGAACACUGGACGGUGCGCUCGUCGAGGACGAAUUCGACGAGGACGCGAUGAACUACCAAAUUCUGUUGGAAAAGCUGGAUGCUCUCUUGGAGAGAUUGAAUUUGGACGCGUAAGUUCUAUGUGCAGGGUGAUCUUCUGAUCGACCAAAGCCCGGCAAUGCAGAUUCAGCUGCAUCUGCGCUACGAUCUUACGACCUUGAUUUUAAACACUUGGCAUUAGAGGCAAUGUGAGUUUUGCAUAUACAUUUCAUUUACAUACAAGACAGACAAAAUCUAGAUAUACAUGUCGGUUGCAUUUUUGUGUCAUGAACCGCGGGCAGUGACCAGCACAUUUUGCACACGUAGAUGAAACCUGCGGCAUGAUUUUGCAGGAAGAUCCAAUGUAUGUCGAGACCCUGGCUCGAUGGACUUGGCACAUGCAAAGUCGAUAGAUAGUUGCUCAUGACCACUAUAUACCACAGGCCAUUUGGAAAGUUUCCUUUCGAUCCAUGACGGGUUGAUGGUUCAAUUACCCUCGACGGGUGUCGUAACCAACAUCUCCGUUAGGCUGUAGUGGGGUCCCUUGGGAAAAUCUGCGAUGAGCGCAGACUUGAACAGUCCCACGACCUUCGAUUGUGUUCGGAAACGCCGUCAUGGUACUAUGACAACGAAAGACCUCAAUGGCGGGUUGAGGCCUUCUGGCUUCAAUGUUCGUGAUCGUUGCGCUUGGUUCAAGUGACAACCAAGCGUUGUGACUAUCACCGCCGUACUUCCGGUUGCUCUUUAUCUUUGCCUGAUGCGGCCCUCUGUUUCUUUUCUUCCAUUUUGGCAUCCAAGUCCCGGAUCUGAUUCUCGAGUAUGCCUUUACGGGCAGUCAGGUUGGAGCGCAUGUUCUGGAGAGCUGUAAGUUGCUCAUCGAAGGUGGAUUCUUGGCGUUUUCGCGUGGUCUAGACAGGCAAUGAAAGAAAAAGAUUAAAAUCUGACACAAUUGUUG